ACGAAAUGCAGGGGUCAGGGCGGUGGUGGCAGGACUAGCUGGGGACUAGAUCUAGAAGCUCUAGCGAGGAGGACGACUUGGGUGGUAGAGGAGGGCGUGGACGUGUCUGGUAUGGGAUGCCGUGGAAAGGAAGGGCCCUGCCACAAAUCCAGAGUAGAUCUGUGGAUGGUUCCUCAGAGGCACCCUCUUUCCGGUUGCCCUUUUAUUUGGCAACACGAGAGCCCUGGUGGCCUCUGUUCCAAUCCUGGGAACUCUGCCUUAGGGUGAAUUUAACCUGCUUUAUAAGACUACGCGGGGCCUUUUUUGAUACUGGGUGCAGACGUGGGGAAGAUGUCAGAAAACAGGAAGCUGUUUCUGGGUUUCGUGCACAAACUCCCCGAUGCGAGCGCCUCUGGCAACUCAGGCAAGACUCACUGCCCUUCCUGUCUAGGGCUUUUCAAAGCCCCCAGGCUCUUGCCUUGCUUGCACACGGUGUGCACGACGUGUCUGGAAAAGCUGGAGCCGUUCUCAGUAGUGGACAUCCGUGGGGGUGACUCAGACACAAGCUCUGAGGGGUCAAUAUUCCAGGAACCCAAGUCACGCAGCUUGCAGCCACAGAUUGGCAUCCUCUGUCCGGUAUGUGAUGCUCAGGUGGACCUGCCCUUGGGUGGAGUGAAGGCUUUAACGAUAGACCACCUGGCCAUGAAUGAUGUGAUGCUGGAGAGUCUGCGUGGGGAAGGUCAGGGCCUGGUGUGUGACCUGUGCAGCGACAGAGAAGUAGAGAAGAGGUGUCAGACCUGCAAAGCCAAUCUCUGCCACUUCUGCUGCCAGGCUCAUAGGCGGCAGAAGAAGACGAUGUAUCACACCAUGGUGGACCUGAAGGAUCUGAAAGGCUACAGUCGGGUUGGAAAGCCCAUCCUGUGUCCUGCUCACCCUGCAGAGGAGCUGAGGCUGUUCUGUGAACUGUGUGACCGGCCAGUGUGUCGGGACUGUGUAGUUGGGGAGCACCGAGAGCACCCCUAUGACUUCACCAGCAACGUCAUCCACAAGCACGGAGAUUCUGUGCGGGAGCUCCUUAGAGGCACCCAGCCCCACGUGGAGGCCCUGGAGGAAGCCCUGGCCCAGAUCAAAAGCAUGAACAGUGGCCUCCAGGAGCGAGUGGAGGCAGUGGCAGCUGAUAUCCGAACAUUCUCUGAGGGCUACAUCAAAGCGAUCGAGGAACAUCGGGACAAACUGCUGAAACAGCUGGAUGACAUACGGGUCCAGAAGGAAAACUCUUUGCAGCUGCAGAAAGCACAGCUGGAACAGCUGCUGGCAGAUAUGCGGACUGGAGUGGAGUUCACCGAGCACCUGCUGACCAGUGGCUCAGACCUGGAAAUCCUCAUCACCAAGGGCGUAGUGGUCGAGCGCCUCAGGAAGCUGAACAAGGUUGAAUACAGCGCCCUCCUGGGAGUGAAUGAUAAGAUCAGCUUCUCUCCUUGGGAGAAGGCAGGCCAGUGCCGAGGCUAUGAAGUAUACGGGGCCAUUAACACCAAAGAAGUUGAUCCAGCUAAAUGUGUCCUUCUGGGAGAAGAUCUCCACAGGGCUCGAGAGAAACAGACAGCCUCUUUCACCCUGCUUUGUAAGGAUGCUGCGGGAGAGAGCAUGGGCAGAGGAGGAGACAACGUCCAGGUCAUCAUUGUCCCCAAAGAUAAGAAAGACAGCCCAGUCAGAACGGUGGUCAAGGACAACAAGGAUGGAUCAUACCAUGUUUCCUACACCCCCAAGGAACCUGGAGUCUACACUGUGUGGGUCUGCAUCAAAGAGCAGCACGUACAGGGCUCACCAUUCACUGUGACCGUGAGGAGAAAGCAUCGCCCACAUCCAGGUGUGUUUCACUGCUGUACCUUCUGUUCCAGCGGAGGCCAGAAAGCUGCCCGCUGUGCCUGCGGAGGCACCAUGCCAGGUGGGUACCUUGGCUGUGGCCAUGGACACAAAGGACACCCAGGUCGUCCGCACUGGUCCUGCUGUGGGAAGUUUAUUGAGAAGUCUGAGUGCACGUACACCGGUGGGCAGAGCGCACCAAGGAGUCUUCUUAGGACCGUGGCCCUCUGAUGGCUUCCUGGGCACAAGUUCAGCCAGGUAAACCGGAAGCCGGCAUGCCUUAAGGCGUGCAGAGGACCCGAGAGCUUUAGUUCCAAAGAGACUGACAGAAUUAAAGACAAAGUGCUUUCUCUAA